AUUCUGGAUCUAUCUUCCUCUUCUCUUCUUUUCAUCCUUUUUCCUUUCCUUCUUUCUGGUUAAAUGGCAACUCGCUGCGAAAUCUUCUGCGAGAUUCUCAUCGCUAUCUUGAUUCCUCCAUUGGGCGUCUGCUUCAGGCACGGAUGUUGCACUGUUGAGUUUUGUAUAUGUCUUCUUUUGACGUUUCUCGGAUAUGUUCCUGGAAUUAUCUACGCUUUGUAUGUCAUCAUUUUCAUUGAUCGCGAUGAAUACUUCGAUGAAUAUAGGCGUCCUCUGUAUGCGCCGGCCUAGGUUCUUUAGGUAUUUCGUCUAUACACAAUUUGUGUGCUGUAAUUUAUCUGAAUUGGAUCUUGACUCUGUGAUUGAUCUGUACCGUGUGUUCGCUUUCUUUUACCGCUAAACCCUAGUAUUUGUUCGUAAGUUGAUCCAUCCAGGUUCUACCUCAAUCAAUCAAUCAAUCAAUCUUAGAAAUAGAAUUGCUACCAUUUGUGAUUUGUUUGUUUGUUCAAUUUCAUGUUGAAAUUCAGGGAUGUGAAUCAAACGCAGUUGGCUUUAUUUCUUCUA